AUGAAUGCAGAGGCGCCUCGGCUGUCAGUGGAGUCACUCUUUGCAGCCAUGGGGCUCACCUCCGAAGCUGACAAGUGCAGCACAGGGGGCUCUCCCACCAAGGCGUUGGAAAGGCUUCUCACGCUGCCGCGUGGUGGAGUCGCAGAGGCUGGCGCUCCUGUGAGUAGUGAGACCUUCAAGUACCAGGAUCCUGGCUGCUAUACCGGUAGACUGAACCAUGUUGUACUCGUUGUUGGCUACUUCGUCUUGAGGAAUGACGGCAGCCAAAGUCGCAUUGCACCUCCGUUUUGGAUCAUCCGCAACUCGUGGGGAGUGGAGUGGGGCGACCGGGGCCACAUGCGCAUGGACAUUCAGGGAGGGGAAGGCGUGUGUGGCAUCAAUGUGCUUCCUGGCAUCUACCCCAUUGUCAAGAUGGACGUGUGUGGCUCGGACUUAAAGAACCCCUGCUACGUGGGCGCAUGCAUCAACGAUGCCAAGGGCUCCUACUCCUUCAUCUGCCCUCCCAACUUCGUUGCUAGCACAACCAUUGACAGUUUUCCCACCUGCGACCCAGGUGCUGCUGCUUUCGCCUUGUGUAUGGGAGGGUCGCCAGUCCUUUCAGUGAUUUGUAGCGACACAUGCUGGUCCAUCAGCACCCAGCUGGGCCUCACCAGCAGCAAGCUCACGGCUCUCAAUCCCGGCCUCAACUGCUCUGAGUCCAUCAAGGCGGGCCGCUCUUUGUGCAUCGAGCGCAACUCCACCUUUGCUUUCACCAUCCCUCAGUGUCUGCGAUACGGCGUGCUCACAGCACAGGACACGUGUGAGCGCCUGCUACAGCAGUUGGCAUGGAGUGAGGACGACCCAACGGGGGCUGGGGAGGUGAAUGCCAUGCGCUGGGCUGAGCUGUACCGCAACAACCCCGGCCUCAUCUGCUCCAGUAUCAUCCCGGUCUCCGCCUCUGCUGUUGGCAGCAACACUGGCGUGCAGGUGAGGGGUGUAGGGGAACCAGGUUGGAGCCGCAAGAGAUGGGAAGAAAGUGGAGGGAUAACUGGUGGGUGGACCGAACGUAUAUUCUAUGGGUGA